AUGGCGUCAGUUCAAUUAAAUGCAGUAAAGGCGGUGCUUGCGUGGCAACAUAACGGUACGCCACGGUAUCUUUCUGAGCCUGAUCCUAAGAGUUCUUCGAUUCGAUUUACGUUACACCUUAAUACGACCUCGGCGCUGUUCGAAUUACAGAUACCCAUUAGUUAUAAGCAACACACCAAGACUUCAGCCAUCUGCAUUCAAAUCAAUCCUCAAUCUAUCACCUCCCUCACACAGUCCGUUGACCAAGAUACCCCCGAUGCCAUUAAACAUGUCCUAAGCUCUGCGACAUGUCUUAAUUUCGAGCUCAACGACGCCAUCACUAUCCUCAUUCCAAGCUUUAUAAACGAGCCAGUGACGGCUGCCCGAUUGCGCUCGGGAGUCAUACUUGACUUGCUGUAUGAGUUGGUGGAAACGACCUCUCUACGCGUUUAUAUCCCCGACGACGCGUUGUCUCAGAAUCAGCUAGAGUCUCUCGGCUCCGCUAACGUACAGGAGCUCAGUCCAUGCUCUGGUCCCGAUUAUGACAUAUCUCGAUGGUUCUCCGGCCGCGGUGCAAAGGUCGCAACCCUUGCGAAGCCUCCGCCACCUUCUUACAAUAAAGCUACGGUCGGCCAACCUGAUGCACCCUUGUAUAACGAAUCAUCAACCUUCGAUCCCCCAACUCCGUCCCACAAACGCAAACGAAGCCAAGACUCGACCGGCAAACGAAGCCGGGAGGUAGUCCCUAAUAAUGCCACAAUCUGGGACAAGUUGCUAGAACUUGAGGCUACGGUCCAUAAUCGUACACGACCCAACACCCCCGAUGACCAGUCACGGCAUGUCCAAGUGCUACAAGCCGAGGUCGCCAAGUUACAGACACAACUCAUUCAAUGCGAGAAGAAGGCUUUGGAUUGGGAGACUGAGAUCACCAAUCUACAAGCCCAGCUCACACAAUGUGAAAAGAAGGUUGCAGAUGGGGAAGCCGAGGUAGCAAAGCUGCAAACACAGCUCACUCAAUGCGAGAAGAAAGUCGUCGAUCUGGACACUGAAAUCGCAGGAUUACGAUACACCCAAGACAAUGCCGACAAUGAAGCGAGCGUCAUAAUAAGCGAGAUAGAGGAUACCCUCCGCGAACACGAAGAGAAGAUAGACUUUGUUACAAGAGGGAAGGACGAUGAUGAGUUUGUGGAUAUCCUUAAGGAGGAGAUACUCAGUGAACUCAUUACGAGGAUAUCCCGUGGUUGA